GUCGUACUGGGCCUUCACACCGCGUCUCAGGAGUGGAAGGUCGAAGCCUCCGAUCCAGGAGGCCCCCCUGGGGGCCCUCGGGGCUCGCUCCAUGGGGCGCGCGGCCGCCGUGCGCGCGCUGGCCUUGCUGCUGCCGCUGGGCGCCGGGGCCCUGCGGCACGGGGGCCCGCAGGUGGCGCGCCCGAGGAACGUCUCCGCGGGGGGCGCGCUGGCCCUCGUGGAGCUGGCGCGCGCGAGGAGGGCGGCGUCCGGCGCGCGGAACUGCCUGGCGCCGCCGGCGGCGGGGGCGCACGGCGAGGACGCCGCGCUCCAGCUGGCGAGCCCCGAGGGCCACCUCGGCGCUCUGUGGCAAGGUCGCGGCGAGCUGUUCCUCGAUGCGCCCCCGGUGCCGAUCCUGAAGAGGCCACCGAAGCUGGCGCUGCUGAUGGUCGUCCGACACGCGCUUCACAACACAAGGCUGUGGACGUCAUGGCUGCGCGACGCGGACAGGCAGGGCACCAAGGUGAGGAUCCUGAUCCACACCUCGCUGGGAUCAGUGGAGGACUUCCCGGUCGAGCUCCGGGACUCCGUGGUGCCCGAGCAUGUGCCGGUCGAGCGGUGCAGCGCGUUCAACGCGACGAUGUUGCUCAUAGGGCGUGCGCUCGAAGACCCGGAGGUGACCCACUUGAUGACCGUCUCCGACGACUCGAUCCCGGUCAAGCCGCUGCACCACAUCUACUGGAGACUGGAGAGGAGUCCGCGGAGUCGCUUGUGCACGGAUGAUGAUUGGCUUCUUCCUCGCGCUGAAACCUGGUGGGUGCUGCGGCGUGGCGACGCCGAGCUCUUCUACACGAGCAGGCACAGCGAGUUUCUCCAGACUUUCCGCGAUGCGAAGACGCUGUUGCCACUUGAUUGCGACGAUGAGAACUUCUACUAUUUGCCCCUGAAGACGCGCAUGCAGAAGUGGAACAAUACAUACGAGGCCUCCUUCAUGAACAAGUGCCCCAUGUACACCGACUGGCGCACCGGCGAGAGGGCCUGCAAAGCUUGGGCCGACCACGCCAGCCUCUGCGGCUGCGAGAGCCUCGGGCAGCACGUCGUGAGCACGGCGGGCGCGGGCCACCCUGCCAGCUUCGGGAGCAUCGGCGGCGAGGCCUUCGUAGCCUUGCUGCGCUCCCCGUUCUGGUUCGCCCGCAAGAUCCUCAGCCACUCGGACGCAGCCGCCGAGGCGGCCGAGGACGGCGGUCUGUCUGCUUCGAAGGGGGCGACCGUGGUGGCCUUGGCGCUCCUGGCAUGCGCCCCGCCCGCGGCUGGCGACAGAGCCGACAUCUAUGUGAUCCUGGAGGAGCUUGCAUCUGUGCGCGAGCGCGCUGGGCUCCUGGAGGCCCUGGUGCGCGCGAGGCGCCUGCAAGAGGCGGGGGCCCAGGGGGAGGCGGUCGUGCUCGAGGCAGCCCGAGCUCGCCUCGCGGAGGGCGUGGAGCCGACGGUCGAGGAGCUGGACGUGUAG